ACAUGGUGAGCCAGGCCCUGGAGCUGUCCAACCAACCACACGUGGUCGUGGCGACGCCGGGCCGACUGGCUGAUCACAUCCGCAGCUCCGACACCUUCAGCAUGAGCAAGAUCCAGUUUCUGAUUUUGGACGAGGCGGACCGGCUGUUGGAGCAGGGUUGCACCGACUUCACCAAAGAUCUGGAAACGAUCCUGGGAAUUUUACCAGCUAAACGGCAGACGCUACUGUUCAGCGCCACACUCACUGACACCCUGCAUGAGCUGAAGAACAUUGCCAUGAACAAACCUUACUUCUGGGAGAGCAAAUCGGAGACACGAACAGUGGAGGAGCUGGACCAGAGGUACAUCCUCACUCCAGAGAAGGUGAAGGACGCCUACCUGGUCCACCUGAUCCAGAAGUUUACUGACGAGCAUGACGACUGGUCCAUCAUCAUCUUCACCAACACUUGCAAGAGCUGCCAGAUCCUCACCAUGAUGCUGCGGGAAUUUAAUUUUCCGACCAUCUCACUGCACUCCAUGAUGAAACAGAAACAACGGUUUGCAAACCUCGCCAAGUUCAAGGCCAGCGUCUUCAAAAUCCUGAUUGCGACAGAUGUGGCUGCCAGAGGUUUGGAUAUUCCAACUGUGCAGGUCGUCAUUAACCACAACACCCCUGGCCUUCCCAAGAUCUACAUCCACAGAGUUGGACGAACAGCAAGAGCAGGGAGGAAUGGAGUUUCCAUCACACUGGUGACACAGUACGACAUCCACCUGGUCCACUCUAUCGAAGAACAGAACAAGACGAAGCUGAAAGAAUAUCCUGUGGAGGAGAAAGAAGUCCUGAAGAUACUGACCCAGGUCAAUGUGACAAGGCGGGAGUGUGAAAUUAAACUCGAGUCAACAGAUUUUGAUGAGAAAAAGGAGAUCAACAAGAGGAAGCAGCUGAUCUUGGAAGGAAAGGAUCCAGACCUGGAGGCUAAGAGGAAAGCCGAACUGGAGAAGAUCAGGAGCCAGAAGAAGCGGUUCAAACAGAAAAUCCAGGAGAGCAUUCAAAAACAGAAACGUGGACAGCUGAAAAAGAAACUCAAGAGAAAACUGAUGAAAAAAAAAAAGGCAGCGCAGGCAACGGUGUGAAAACUGCUGUGACCCAUGUAUAUACUACAAGUUUAUAACUGUACACUAUGUAAUAUUUUCCCAUCUGCAAAUAAAUUUAAAGUUGUGCUGAAUCUCAUGCCAUAAAACCA